UUGCAGAGUAAGCAGCAGUCGCCGAAGCAGCAGAAGCAGCAGCAGCGAGUGCCGUCGCCGGCCGCCGGCAUGAACCUGCAGGUGUCGGGCGCGGGCCCGCUGCGGCUGGCGGGCGUCAAGGCGCCCUCUUCCAUCCCCGGGCUGCGGCCCAUGCACGAGGCGGAGCCGCAGAUGCGCAGCGUGUCGCAGCAGAGCACGCCGUCGAGCGACGAGAGCAACUCGCCCACGGAGCUCAACUCGUUGUCGCAGAGUUCGUCAGCGGACACCGCCGAGUUCAAGUCGAAGCGCAUCUCGCAGAUCAGCUCGUGCAGCUCGGGCUCGUGCCCGGCGCCGCCGCCCGAGGGCGGCACCCCGACGCCCCCGCCGCUGCCCGAGCGCUCCGACUCGCUCAACAACCGCUGCGAGGAGGGCGAGCUGCGCGCCGCGCCCUGGGAAAUAACACUAGAGGUUUUGGGACAGGAGCCCGUUGGAGCAUUUAUGGUGAGAGAAAGCACCAGUAAGCCUGGCUGUUACGCUUUGUCAUUGCGGGUGCCACGAGAUUUCCAGCCAUCAGGAAUAGCCCACUAUCUCAUAAUGAGGACCAACAAGGGCUAUAAGAUCAAGACAGAAGUAGAAAGCUAG